UCACAGAGCAACACUCAGCAUCAAUGGGGCACCACGCAUCAAGCAUGGGUCACCACCAUCAUUAUCACACAACCAGCCCACACGGCAAUUCUUUCAGCCAAGCUCCGUCUCAAUACAGUCACAUCCAGUACACUCCCAACCACGGAUACAGUCACGACGAACGUGACAUGCUGCGUCGGGUUGAGUCGGUGCGGCAGCAGCGUGAGGGGGACAGCCAGCCCCCGCCGCUCUUCACUGCUGUGGCUGCCGCUGCUGCGUCAGGCGAAUCCUUUGUCCUCGACGUCCCUCUCAGACGGACAACUGCUGCUGCUGCUACAGAUGCUGCUACAGAAGCUGCUACAGCUGGUUACACACCUGCUGCUGCUGCUACAACCGGAGCAGCCAGACUGCAAGCCCAGGGGAGGCGGAGGUGGAGCAGGAGGCACCGCACGGUGAUCAUCGGGCCAGUCUCCCUGCAAUGGGCCGCUAUAGCCGCAGGGUACCAGCUGUCUCAGAAGCGCCCAAAAGGCCCCUGCAGUAUGUGGCUCAAGAGAGUCUUCAUAGUCAGAGUGAAGUCUGCUGCUGAUUUCGCAGCCAGGGCCUCUCUCCCGCCCACCGCCACCGUUAUUCUGCAUUUACAGAAGGAUUUGAUGCUGCAUAGAGGGGUUUUGUUCGGGAGGCAGCAGUCUUGCACGAUACUCAUGUCGGCAAAAUGGCCCGGUUACACGCUGACGGGUGGUAACCCUAUGUAUCCGGUGCUGCGCGUGUGGAACACGAGUAACGUCAUGUCGUUGAACGUGAACUAUCGCCUGCCGGUGACGGAGAGCAGCCCCGAGUGCACCACCGUGCCCGAGCUCGGCAAAGGCGUCACCUGCCCCGCCAUCUCUAUCCAUCGGUCCUACGGCGUGCAGAUUGGCAAGAGCAACAUCUUUGGGCGAGUGGACGUGCUACGCAGCAUGGACGUGCGGCUGGACUCACUCUCGGUCACCGGAGUGGCUUCCUUUAUCAAGUCGCCUGGGGUGAUCCGAGUGGCCCUGUGUGGGUACGGGCCGGGACUUCUCAAAUCCAACAUUGUCAUCUCCAACAAUGAGGUGUACGGGGUGAACACUCCGAUCCUCUUGCACAAGGGAGCAGUUGGAGUAACCGUCAGGAACAACUACGUGCACGACUUCAUAUUCGCAGGGAUCAAGUGCGGUGCCGACGUGCAUUACAGCUUUGCCUGCAUGCUCGCGCGCAUCAACUCCAACCUUGUCGUUUCCUCUGGAAGGAAUCUCAACGGGGAUCAUGACUCGGCGGGGAUCUACUUCUACACGCACUGGUUCAGCCCGGGGAACUCGGCGCUGUGCAACUACGUGUUCAACGGCGACCACUGCUACUAUCUGGACCAUUGCACGUCGGGCGUGCUUGUCAGGGGAGGCGCGUGCGUGAAUACGUAUGACGGCAUGAAAGUGAACAACGGCAAGCGGAACGUGAUCGAGAACGUGGCGAUGAAAGGCACGCGGGGGUCGCUGGGAUGGACGUCGUGCUUCACAGUGACCGUCAACAACUGCCUCAAAGACCCAGGGAACUACUGGGAGGCCAUGCGCGUGAAAUACUACAACAGCGCCCGCAUCAACCGGCUAUGGCCUUGGAUGAAGGACGUCUGCAAGGAAACAUCUGCCAAUGGCGGCGUGCCAUGUAACCCGCCAGGUGACGCCCUCUCUGCUUUCACACGUGGCCUAUUCGGGCGUGCAACAUCGCCCACACACAAGCGACGCCGCGAACCUGCCUUUACACUUGCCCUCUCUCCCUCCCCUCCUCCCCCUCGCCUUACACCCAUCCCCUUCCCUUACCCCAUUCCCUUUCUGUUACCUUCUCCCCUUCCCUUUAUCCCCUACCUUUCCACUAAUCCACCCCCCCUUCCCUUACCCCCUCCAUGA